AUGGCGACGGUGGCGGCGGCGGCCGUCGCCCUCAUGGUGGUCGCCCUGGCCGCCGCCGGGGCGUCGGCGGAUUCUUUCCAGCCCUACACCAACCACACCGUCGGCGGCGCUGCCGGGUGGGUGUUCAACGCGGUUAGCAAAAAGGCCAGCACCGACUACUCCGCUUGGGCCUCCAAGAGGAGCUUCUUCGUCGGCGACUACCUCAGUGCGGUCUCCUCUUCUCGAUGAAGGGAGCUAGUUUCAUUUGGUUCUUCAUCUCCAUCAGAAUUUGCUGAUGAGGUUUUUGCGUUUUUCUUCUGGGAACAAUUCGCAGUCUUCACGAAUAACGGGAACUCGACCGUGAUCCAGACCUACAACAGGACGACGUACAGGCUGUGCAGCCUCGACCAAGACUAUGGCAAUCUCACCUCCCAGUGGACCUCCGACGCUGCCGACGGCGGCGGCGCAGGCAGUGGAGGGGACUUGAUACCGGUCCCCCUGACGGAGGACGGAGGGAACUACUUCUUCUCCAGCGCCGACGGCGGUGCCCAGUGCAGAAACGGGAUGAAGUUUCACAUCGUGGUCCUUCAUAGGCAGGGGCAGCCGUCGCCUUCCCCAUCGCCGGCGGCAUCGCCGCCAUCCGUAUCAGCGGAGCUCAGCCCCAGCAUUCAGCCGCAGGCGGACUUGAACGGCGGUGGGCGGCGAGGAAGAGGACCUUGGGCCCUCUCGACCUUCGUGGGGAUUCUUCUCCUCCUGAUGUCGUCCGGGUGA